CGAAUACUCUCUCUCUCUCUCUCUCUCUCUAAUCUGUUUACAAAACUCAACAGUUGGAGGGGCAGGGCCGCAGGAGUUCUGAUUAUAAAUUAGGAACAACUCAAACCAACUUGCCCUCACAUUCAGCAGAGAGAUAUAGAGAGUACUUGUACAAAACUCCUCCUCAACCCUCUCCAACAGUGCUCACAGAGAGAGAGAGAGAGAGAGAGAGAGAGAGAGAGAGAGAGAGAGAGAGAGAGAGAUGGAUGUGGAGAGUAACUACAAAGGAGGGGAGACAAUUUCUGGAGAAGAAACCACUGUGGAUUGGAGGGGAAGACCCUCCGACCCCAAAAAACAUGGUGGAAUGAAAGCUGCUGCCUUUGUUCUUGGGCUGCAAGCUUUUGAGAUAAUGGGGAUAGCAGCAGUUGGAAACAAUCUGAUAACAUAUGUGAUAAAUGAGAUGCACUUCUCUCUCUCAAAAUCAGCCAACAUUGUCACCAACUUCAUUGGCACCAUCUUCAUUCUUGCACUCCUUGGUGGCUACCUCUCUGAUUCCUUCCUUGGCUGCUUCUGGACCAUGCUCAUCUUUGGCUUUGUUGAACUUUCUGGAUUCAUAUUACUGUCUGUCCAAGCCCAUCUCCCCCAACUAAAGCCUCCACAGUGCAACAUGGCCGCCAUUAAUGGAGACCCAUGCUUGGAAGCAAAAGGGUUGAAAGCCCUAAUCUUCUUUGUGGCACUUUACUUGGUGGCCCUGGGGAGUGGCUGUGUGAAGCCCAACAUGAUCUCUCAUGGAGCUGACCAGUUCAACAGAGAUGAUCCAAAGCAAUCCAAGAAGCUCUCCUCCUACUUCAAUGCUGCUUACGUCGCCUUCUCCGUGGGCGAACUUGUUGCCCUAACUGUUCUGGUCUGGGUUCAAACUCAUUCGGGUAUGGACGUCGGGUUCGGAGUCUCUGCGGCCGCCAUGGCUAUGGGGUUGAUUAGCUUGGUCUGUGGCACUCUUGUUUAUAGGAAUAAGCCCCCUCAAGGAAGCAUCUUCACCCCUAUUGCUCAAGUUUUUGUGGCUGCAAUUCUAAAGAGAAAGCAAGUUUGUCCAUCAAAUCCACAAAUGCUUCAUAGGAGCCAAAGCAAGGUGCCAAAUAAUCACCUCAAUGUGUCUCCCAACGCUGGUGGUCUUCUUCAUACUGAAAGAUUUAGGUUUUUGGACAAGGCUUGCAUCAAAAUCCAAGAUGGUUCAACAAAUACUACAAAAGAGAGCCCUUGGAGACUCUGCACUGUGACUCAAGUGGAGCAAGUGAAGAUCCUCAUUUCCAUCAUCCCCAUUUUUGCCUGCACCAUCAUCUUCAACACAAUCUUAGCACAACUCCAAACCUUCUCAGUCCAACAAGGAAGUUCCAUGAACACCCAACUCACAAAAUCCUUCCACAUCCCCCCGGCUUCGCUGCAAUCCAUCCCUUACAUCAUGCUAAUCUUUGUCGUCCCCCUCUACGAUGCUUUCUUCGUUCCUUUCGCCAGGAAAAUCACCGGCCAUGAAUCCGGAAUCCAUCCUCUGCAGAGAAUAGGGUUCGGCCUCUUUGUCGCGACCUUUUCCAUGGUUUCGGCUGCCCUGAUGGAGAACAAGAGGAGAAACUCAUAUGUAAAUGAGAAUAAAGUGAUCUCCAUUUUCUGGAUCACCCCACAGUUUGUGAUCUUCGGACUUUCGGAGAUGUUCACAGCAGUUGGUCUCAUUGAGUUCUUCUACAAACAGUCCUUGAAGGGAAUGCAAACAUUUCUAACAGCACUGACCUAUUGCUCAUACUCAUUUGGAUUCUAUUUGAGCUCUUUGCUCGUUUCUUUGGUCAAUAAGAUCACUUCUUCUUCUUCAACUAAUGGUGGUUGGCUGAGUGAGAAUGAUCUCAACAAAGACAGGCUUGAUCUCUUCUAUUGGUUGCUUGCAGCUCUAAGCUUCCUCAACUUCUUCAACUAUUUAUUUUGGGCUAAGUGGUAUUCCAAGAAUUCCAAUUAUCAGAUCAGCUUUGGUGAAGAGGAAUUCAAUAAUUACAGUUUCAACUCUACAAAGCACAAUGGAGAUGAUCAUAGUGGUCCUUGAAUGGAUCUAAAUUGCAUUGUAUAUCACUCAAGCUAAAUGAAUGUUUUUCUUGUUUUAGUCUUUCCAAUUGCAAAUAGAAAUGUAGAGAGGUUUGCCAAGGGGCUCCUUCUAGGCUAAGCUAAAAGGCACCUUGUAAGUUGGGAAUGCAUGUAUAUGUAUCUUAUAAUGAAUAAGGAUGAUGAUAUACAAACAAUAAAAUUACAAUGGAACAAA